UCUACUUUGUAUAAAAUGUCAAUGAACUAAAAGCGAAAGAGUUGUCAAACUUUUUAUUAAUUUCACUCUCUCAAAAUCUGGCUCAGUCGUCAAUUUUCUUUUAUCAAUCCGAAUGUUUUCCUGCAUUUCUCAGUUCGUAUUUCGCUUCCGGGAAAUCUUUGCAAUGGAAAACAACCUGACUAUAGUCGACAUGCCAUUCGAAGUCCUCGAUCUGAUAUUCAAGGAACUGUUCAAUCUAAAAGAUAAACUGCAACUGGCUCAGGCUCACGAAAAGUUGGGUAGAGCCUUCUCCUACCACAGCCGAAGUGACUACAGGAGUUUGUAUCCAUAUGCUCGCAUACGCCCCGAAAUGUGGGUGGUACUUGUGCAAGAAUGUGGUGCGACCAUUGAGGAAUUUUCCACCAGUGAAAUUGAGAAUUUCCCAUGGAAUGAUCUAUUGGCUAAGGCGAUUGAGCAGCACUGCCCCAACCUGAAGUCGGUUAAAAUAUGUGUUUAUGAUAAUAAUUGCGACAGCGUGCAGUCCUUCUUAUUGAACAUGAGCCAAUCAUUGACAUCAGUUGAGCUAACUUUACAUAUAGACGACACUAAAAAGAUAUUCGAUGCGAUGGCAAAAAUGACUAAGCUGACCAAAUUUACACGCAAGGGAAUCCCAAACGAUGAAGUUUACCAGAUACAGAAAUUGACUGCUUUGGAGGAGCUGGUGAUGGAUAAUAAUGAUAGAUUUAAUCCCAACUCACCUCUUUAUUUACUCGAUAUUUGUGCUCCGCUCAAGAAUCUUCGCAGCUUGACAGUACUUGGCUCAACUAUUCUGCCCUCGGACAAGCCGCAUUCUAUGAUUUGGGUAAAUUUGGAGCAUCUUACAAUAGAUUUCUGCCAAGUAUUAACUGAACUACCAGAGUGUCCGAAGCUAAAAACUUUGCAUAUAGUAUACUCCUAUUGCAAUAUCGAUGGCCUUCUGUUCAGAUUUAUUCUACAGAACGGGAGAAAUCUUGUGAAAAUUAAUGAGAAUUCCAGGACCCACACACCUGAUGGAGAAAGCCUUCUUCAGGUCCUGCGAUCGUGUCCAAAGUUGCGAACCUAUUCUACUCCAAUGCAGAAUUUUAAAAUUUACCAGGCGUAUGUGCCAUCUAUUGUUGAAGUUCUUCGGGAAAAUGGAGUCAAGCGGGAGAAACCUUUUCAUUUAAUUAUAAAUGCACAUCCAAAGUGCAAAUGGCUGCAUCAAUCAAUUCCACGUGCGUCUUAUUCUGAUUUGAUUUUCAUUGCUUAUUUUUACAAUUAACAAAAAUACAAAGCUUUCCCAUUUAAAAUUAAGAAUGUUUUUGAUUUGUAUUGAGUUAAAGAAAAAGACGAAGAAAAAUUGUGAAAAAUGGUAGUCGACUGUCUUAUACAGUUAAAAGUUGAUUAUAAAAUUCAUUAAAUUAAAAGAAAACAAUAUUUCCACGUAAAUAAAAUAGUCUUAAAAAUGUCUGAUACCUGCUUUCGGAUUUCUGACCACAAACAAUAUUGCACUGUUACACGCACAGGAACAAAAAUGUGAAAUAAAUGACUAAUGCCCAAGCAAAACCAAAUCACACACGAACUUUGAACCUGCGGGUGAACCUGCAGGCCAAGCCAGGCCAACCAAUU